CAUCGCCACCAUCAUCCAUCCAGCGAGUCAGAGCUUUCCAUGCUAACUAUGACAGCAGCUGAAACAGAAGGGUAAUUCACGAAGCUAACGCAGGGCUGGGCCAUGUGGUGAUGCCAUGCAGAGGAGACACAGCAGCAACACGGAUGGCAUGUCCUCUGAAAGAACUCGAAGCCAAACACUGGGGUCGGAGAGCAGCUUGGAUGAGGGUGGCGUGUUUGACUGCCUGAAGCCCGAUUCGUCCACUUCACCCCAGCAGAUGUUCUCCGGCCUGGUGGGCAUCCCCUCCAGCUCCGUCUCAUCUGCUCAGUUGCAAGCAGCUGGUUUAGUCCUAGGCUCUCCCCCUGAAGUUUUUAUCCAGAUGACUGCGUCUUCCAGGGAAGAAGCAGCCAGCCAUCGAGCAGAGGGUGGCCCUUUCCUCUCCCGGCCGCCCCCACACCACCACCAUCACCACCACCACUUUCACCACCAGCCCCUGCAGCACAGGACAUCCUCACUGCUCCAGCAGGCCACCACAGCAGCCAGCUCCGAAAGGCACAGCUCCAGGGAGGAGGGACAGGACGACCAGUCCACCCCGGCUCCGGCUUUGUCCGAGCUGAAGGCGGUGGUUACAUGGCUGCAGAGGGGCUUUCCAUUUAUCCUCAUUCUGCUGGCUAAAGUCUGCUUUCAACACAAGCUAGGUAUCGCUGUGUGUGUGGGAAUGAUUAGCACAUUUGCUUACGCCAACUCUACAUUCAAGCAUCAAGUUUCAUUGAGGGAGGAGCGGUCCAUACUUGUUGCUCUGUGGAUCAUCUUGUUUCUCGGGGGAAACAUCGUGUACAUCUACUACACGUUCAGCCAUGAGGAGCUGCACCACAGUCUCAUAUUUGCAAAGCCAAGUCUCAACAGCUUUGACUUCUUUGAUCUGAUCUGGGUGGUUGGAAUCACAGACUUUGUACUUAAAUAUGUCACCAUCGGCCUGAAGUGCUUCAUCCUCUUCCUGCCCAAGAUUAUCAUGGCCUUCAAGUCAAGGGGUAAGUUCUACCUUCUGAUUGAGGAGCUGAGCCAGCUGUUUCGGGCUCUCGUGCCAGUGCAGCUGUGGUACAAGUACAUCAUGGGCGAAGACCCGUCAAACAGCUACUUCCUGGGAGCGACACUCAUCAUCAUUUACAGCCUCUGCAAGUCCUUUGAUGUUUGUGGACGAUUAUCUGCAAUACGCAAGGCGCUGGUAAUGCUCUGCAGCUCCCAGAGUUACGGAGUCAGGGCCAGCACUCAGCUGUGCAGCGAAGCUGGUGACGUCUGUGCUAUCUGUCAGGGGGAUUUCAAAGAUCCCAUUGCUCUCAUCUGUCAGCAUGUGUUCUGUGAGGAGUGCCUGUGUUUGUGGUUCGACCGCGAGCGAACGUGUCCGCUGUGUCGCUCCACCGUCAUCGAGGCCCUGCGGUGCUGGAAGGACGGCACCACGUCCGCUCACUUCCAGAUCUACUGAGCUCUGACAGGAUUUACAGAAUCAAAGGGGAUUCGAGUGCGCUUCGAAGCAAGAUGGGCAGUGCAGUGGUAAAAAUGUUGAAAGCUGAAUGGUAGUGCACAUAAGUCUAAUUAUCCACUCUGAGUCAAAGCAUCAAAGUCAGUCAUUUGAUUUGUGACAUAUUGUCUCUGAUCAUGUCAUAAAAUUAUUUAUUGUGAUGACGGUGCACAGAAUAUACAAUCAGUAUUGUGAGGGAUGUUUUUUUUAAAGUAAACUUCGAUUUAGAUGUAAUUAUUUAAAUGAAGUGGAAUGUUUAACCAGGAUUACCAGUGGAAAGCUAUAAUUAAUGUGAAGUUUUUGGUCAGCUUCAUCUCCGGUAAUAACAUUCCAUUUUGCUGCUGUUUUUCUUGUGAAUAACAUAGUUCUGUUUGUUUUUGUGGAGCAUGUUUCAAUUAAAGACAACCUGAGGGACA